AUGGCCCGAAGAGCCUGUCAUGAUUGGGCUGCAUACAUUGCUUUAAAACUUCUAGCCUUCGGUGGGCAGAAUCUAUCUCAAGAUUACCCGGCAUAUGAGACGAAAUACGAAGCAUCAAGGCGUACAGCAGUGGUUGAGCAGAGAAAAGUAGUGAGCGUUUCUCCCUUCGACGGGUCUGUUAGGAAACGAGCGAACCUGCCGGUUAGGCUUAACCGCCAUGCCCCGGAUUCUUCUCCCGGCUGGGUGCUGAUGCCAACGCCAUGCCGAGUGCUUACGGUCCAUGUGGUAGCCAAGGUGUCGAUUCAUGCGUUAUUUUGCGGUCGCAGUGCUCAGCCACGUCAAAUCGUUCGCUCCGUUGAUGACCUGGAUCCAUCGUACAUCAGUGCUGACUUUCUUCUGGUUGAUUUUGUGGCGGCUGAAUUCACCGAUCUCAGCCUUCUGAGCGUAGUGCAAUCUCAUCUGCCUCGAGCAUCCUCUAGCAGAAUGCCACCUGGAGUGAUGCGAUUGCCAGCCGGUCUGACUGGAUGUGCCAAGCAGUUAGACUCAUGCGGACUAACGCAAGACAAGAGCACGGACCUUCUCGGUGCUGGUGCUGGAGCGACUGAGGGUGGGCGAAAUGAGCUAUUAAGCUCUUUCGUCCGACGGGCUGUGUUCAAAACCCAAUUGAUAAGCUGUGAAUGA